AUGCGUCUCGCCCAGCAGACGAGUCCAAGUCACGGCCACCGCCCGAGUUUCACAGAGCAGUUACGCGGCAUGCCACCCUCACCCCGAGGCGCCCGCCAACUUUCCAUGUCCGAAGCCCAGAUACGGGAGCUGAUGAACAAUCCGCCAACUACCGGGAGUGCGGAUCCGAAGUUUGCGGGGAGAGAUUGGCAGCAUAUUGCUGUUGGGGAGCUCGUGCAGCCAGAGGAUUUGAGGUGGGUGGAGGUUGAUAGUGGAGUGGAGGACGCUACGAAUCUCCUGACGGAGUCUGACGCAACUGUACUACUCAUCCGAGCAAACAAGAACGAAAAUUCGGCCGUUGCGACUUUCGACUACCGAGAUUUGACGCAAUACCUCCUCUUCGCCACCGGCCAACUGCAACCCGAUGACGAACAUCUAGUCGUCUUCGAGAAACUGGCCAAGAAGGCACAGCAGGGCCACAAAAUACCACUGCGAGAUGCGAAGAGCUUGGGCAACAAGGAGCCGUUCAUAACAUUGCCACAUACUGCGGAUCUCACGGCUGCUGUGGAGACAUUCGGAGGUGGUGUGCAUCGAAUUGUUAUAUUGAAGGAAGGGACGAACCAUGCUAUUGGGAUCCUAAGUCAGCUGAGACUAGUGAAAUUUCUUUGGGAGAACGGGAGGGCUUUCCCGACCAUCGAUCAGCUGUACCCUCGAGAGGUUAAGGAUCUUGGUAUUGGGUCUCAGGGACUGAUAUCCGUCAAUGGUGACAAGCCUCUGAAGGAAGCGUUGACACUCAUGAACAACGAAGGAGUCACGUCCUUAGCUGUCGUCGACAAUAAUUACAACGUUGUGGGCAAUAUAUCCAAUGUGGAUGUCAAGCUCCUCACCAAAUCAAGCUCGGCGCCACUUCUCGAAAACACCUGCAUACACUUCAUCUCCGUCAUUCUUUCCACCCGCGGCAUGAUUGACGGCCAAGAUUCUUACCCCGUCUUCCACAUAAACCCCCAGUCCACCCUGGCUCACACAGUGGCAAAGCUUGUUGCUACAACCGCCCACAGAAUGUGGGUAGUCGAAACCCCCACACCAUCCUCCACCCCCUCCUCCGCCCCCCUAACCCCUGGUACCGGUCCCAACCCUCACGCCACCCCCAUCUCCAUCGCCCAUCCGCCCGUCAAUCACCCCCCACACCUCUCCACUUCCUUCCCGCAAGCCAAUCCUCCCUUCCAACCUCUCAGCGCCACACCAUCUGUCUCCGCUUCCGCAAUGCCGGGACAGCAUAUGUCAGGCAGAUUGAGCGGCGUGGUUAGUUUGACGGACAUAUUGAAUCUGUUUGCGCGAGCCAGCGGACUGCACCCGACGGAUCCGGAGGAGGCGAGGAGGAAGAGGAGAGGAAGUUCUAGUAGUUCCAGGAGUGGGGUCAGGGGCAGUAUGGACAGUGCGAGGAGUAGCGUCGUUGAUUUGAGGGAGAAGCGGUAG